CAUCAUUAUGUUGAUGAUUUAGAGUGUACAACUGUGAAGGAUUGCAAUGGUAGCACGUCUUGCUUUGGUGCGGAUAUAUCUAAGAAAGGAUGUUGCCUUCAGGCGCUUAAGCCUAACCAAACAGGUUGUGUUCUGGAUGAACAAUGUUCGAGAAUUUGUAAAACAAGUUUUUGUGAUCGUAGCCAACAACCUCCACGAUGUGUUUGCUCACCUGGACAACACCUUAUGUUCAAUAAGUGUUGGAAGUCAUGUCCGGUGUUUGCCGAACAUCAACCUUCUACUGAUAUAAAUGGCCUCAGUCAUUGUGUUAUUAAAAAUGCUGAACUUUAUGCUCAAUAUGAAUAUUUCCGGCGAAUGCGAAGACAUCCAAGAAGUGAUUUUUGUUGA